AUGAAGCCACGCCACCAUCCCAGCGUCCAGCCCUCCAACUUCAGCGUCACCCCCGUGUCACCCGCUGUCAUAACUCCGAGCCACACUCCUGCUGAACGGGGAGCGGCACUUCGGACCCGGACGGAGCUCCGCCAAAAACCAGCAUCACCCCAACGCUCUGCCCCAGAGGUCACGGCGGGAUGGGAAGCGACACACGCAGCUCGCUCAGAGCAGACCGCGCGGGGCAGCUCGGGGCAGCCGGCCCCGACCAGGCGCUGUGUGACCGCGGACACCCUCGCAGCGUCCACCCCAUCGGCUCCCGACGUCCCGCCGCAGCCCCGCAGCGGUCGGGGCCGCUCGGCGCAACCCCCCACGAAGCGGCAGAGCGCAGAAAGUCCCCUCCGGCGGGUGCAGGGGAGGGGGAUCCCGCCGCCCACCGGCCGCUCACCUGGCGGGGCCGCCGCUCACGGUGCCAUCGCGGCGCGGGGCUCCCGGUUCUUUGUUGCGCGGCGGGGAGCGGGCGAGAUCCGGUCACGUCAUGUGACCCGCCGGGGGGGGGGUCAGCUGUGGUGGAGGUGCUUCUGUUUUCCCUUUGAUUUGUUGUUUUUGUUUCGGUUUGUUUGUUUGGGUUUUCGCCUCCCUCCCCUCGCUCCCUUCCGCCCCCCGCCCAGGCCAGGCCCCGCCGCCGGGCGCGGGUGUCAGGCCCGACUGCUGCCGGCGGAGCGGCGCUGGAGGAGGAGGAGCCGCGCGCCGGAGCGCUCCUCGGCGGGGCGCGGGGGCGGGAUCCGGCGGCGCUCGGCGCUGCCCACGGCACGGCCCGCCCCGGGGCUGCCCACGGCACGGCACGGCACGGCGGUGUGCGGCUGCUCAUUACAGGAAGCAAAUCUGCAGAUGAAAACACAUGAAAUAGAACCAGAUCCCGCCAGAGCAUCAAACAUGAAAUAUGCCAGCACCGCUCCACAGACAGCAUAAUCAAUGCCCUUCUUCGCACAGCAAAACCACCGAAAUUCUUUGUUCCUGCGCAGAGUUGUCCCAAAUCUACAGUUCAUCACUUCAUCCGGCAGAUGAGAUACCCCCACAGAAGCCAUGUGAGUGAAACCAACUAAUUGCCAUCUGAGAACGGGUGCACACAGACAGACAAUAAAGUAGAGGAACACAUACUCAUCAUUAGCAGAAUGUGCUGGAAAAUAACAACUCGGGAUCCUCAGUCCUUAUCCCAGAGGAGACCAGCAAAAGACUCCCAGAAGGUAAAUCUCAACCCUCUCCUUGCUCAUGGUGCAGCAGAGAGCCAUCAGCUUGUUACUCACUCCUGCUCACGCGCCUUUGCACUCCAUAGGUGUUCCCUUUUUUUUCUCUUUUUUUCUCUCUCUCAAGUGGUCAAAUUGAUUAAUAUAAUUAGAUUAAACUAAGAACAAUUGCAUCUAGCCUGUAGUUAGCCUGAAUUUUGCUGCUUUCUGUCAGAUCUGAUAAAGAGACCCUGAGCCCAAUGGCUUGUUUGCUUUUUCCAGCCAUAUCAGCUGAUCUAAUAAAAGAUAUUACCUUUCUCCACAAACCGUGCUUCCCUGGGAUCUUCAGACCAUCACAGCUAUGACAACAACACUGUCUCGCUUUCUCUAACUGAUUCUUCCAGAUUCUCUUAUCUAUGAAACAGAAUAUGAUAAAACAUAUUUUGUUUUGUAUCGAUUCUCAUGCUGUUUUCAUAAUCAUAAUAUUCGAGUACAGCCUAGGACUACAUUAACUGAUCCAAGUAACAUCUGUCACACGUGGGGGUUGGUUUUCUUUGUCUUGUUCCCUGCCCAGGAAGAAAAUGAAGUGCAGAGCAGUGUUUUGGUCUUGUGAGCUGGUGUUUUGGUUUGGGUUUUUUUUUUUUUCUCCUCUAUUCUUGUUGCUCUGUAUUCAUACCAAGCAAAAUGAGGACGAUGGCAAUUUCUGUGCUAGACUUUAUUUCCCUGGGAAGUUAAUUUCAGAGUAUUGAGGCGCCCAUAGGAAGAUUUCAACCUGUGGUCCUAAAGCUCCAGCAGAUUGAGGCAGGUUAACAUACAGACACAGCUAUAGAUAGGAAUAUCUGCAAACCAAAAGGAGUAAUGUAUCUUCUGUUUGCAUUGGAACAGACCGUCAUGGGACAGCUUGGAGGGAAACAGUGGAAAUAAACUAUUUCAUACUGAAACACAGAAAGCAUUCCCCCCUAUGUAAGGAGUCACACCACUGUUCCUCAGAGAGGAACCCUGAGCAAUCCCACGUGUCUGAGAGGCACAACAUGCGAGCUUCUGAAAGGCAGGAACUGAGGUGAAGAGAGGAAUCAUUUGUGCUCAAGUACUGAAAGCAGAAAUACCAGAAGACCUCAGGGAGACAGUAGACAGCAGAUUUAAUAUGUUUUUGCAAUGUUAUAUGGCAGCAAAAAUCAUGCAGUUAAUUUAAUUUGGGGUUGUAAAGGCAGAGACCUCUUCUCAGAGAUACAGGCAAUAGUCCCAUUUUUUAAUAUAGCGGUGAGACCAUGGUUUGAAGACAUGUUUAGAUCUGGACAGCUCAGUACAAGCUGGAUGUCAACGACUUGGAGGGAAAUAAAAAAAUAAGAACAUAAAAUGAUAAAAAAAAAAAAAAAAGCUGGAAGGGAUUACAGUGUGUGUAGGUUGGCCAAAUAACAACUGUGAAGAGCAUCACGGGAAUUGCAUACAAGAACUUCAGGGGUGCAGAAACACCAGGGAGCGAGAAAGACUGAUUAGGGUUGUCUGAGGGAGUGUAAAUGAUAUCAAUGUAAAUGAAAUUAAACCAAGGAAGUAUUAAUCUACAGAUCUGCAUGACAGCAUCCCAGAGGAGCUCCCAUCACCCAAUUCAUGGAAGGUGACCAAGAAGCAGUGACUGCAGGAGGGGAUUAGGUGGGGACAGUGUGCCUUGGGCAUGUCCCACUUCUGACUGUCUAACAGCACCUACCUCUUCCAAGGAGUCUGUAGCAUCUGUAGAUGGCAGCUAAUUGAGAUGGGGAAAAAAAGAGAAAAAGGCAGAGCCUUAUUAUUCCUUAAUUAGAGUGAAGAGAUCAAAGUAUUUCCUUUUCUAACACGGUAGGAAAGCCAGCCUGAACUUACACCUUUGCCACCUUUACAGCACGUUGUGCCACCACAAAAUAGGAGACCUACAGCACGGUGUGGCCAAGCAAGGGGCAAUGCCCCAUGGUGCUGUUCAUCCUGAAUGUGCCACACACACGAUGCUUUAACAGGAAAAUUAAAAAUAAAAAAAAAAAGCCCAGACAAUUUUAUAAAUGAUCUUUAAUGAGUUUGAACAUCUUCCCUUUCCUUUCUGGGUCUGGAUUUUUUUUAACAACACCCUUAGGGAGGCACUGCAGUGAUAAUUAUCAGUCCAAGCAUACACAAAGCACGCAAAGGUAUCAUCUACUGUAAUUGUUGACCUUAAACAGCUUUUCUAUAGGUAAAAAUGUAAUGAUCUCUGUGAAGGAAACCUCUCUACUUAUUUAUGAGAAUGAAUACCAUGGCCUAACACACACAAGCAAACACGAGUGCACUAAUAUCUGGGUUUGAGGUUGUCCUGUAAUUAACUGCUGAAGCACACACUGAAAUGAGUCCAUCACUUCCCUGUAUCUCAGGGACCUCUGGCUGCUCCACUCACACUCUGCCUAAUGGCUGUCUCAGGAAAACACCUGCCACAAACCUCUCUCAUUUCAUGUGCUUACCUUGUGAGGUUUGCAUUUGUUUUUUGGUCUUGAUCAAGAGGAAA